GUGCACUCUCCAGCCCCUCUCUCUCUCGCUCGCUCGAUCCGCCGCUCACUUCUGUCUCAAUAUGUCUCAAGAUGGCGGCCAAUGUGGGAUCGAUGUUUCAAUAUUGGAAGCGCUUUGAUUUACAGCAGCUGCAGCGAGAACUUGAUGCAACGGCAACAGUGUUGGCUAACCGACAAGAUGAAAGUGAACAAUCAAGAAAGAAACUUAUUGAACAAAGCCGUGAGUUCAAGAAAAACACUCCAGAAGACUUACGCAAACAGGCAGCUCCACUAUUGAAGAGUUUCCAGGGAGAGAUUGAUGCAUUAGGUAAAAGAAGCAAAGAAGCAGAAGCGGCGUUCCUAAAUGUCUACAAAAGAUUAAUUGAUGUUCCAGAUCCUGUUUCAGCUCUAGAUCUGGGGCAGCAGCUCCAGCUGAAAGUCCAGCGCAUGCACGAUAUUGAAACUGAGAACCAGAAACUUAGGGAAACCCUUGAGGAAUACAACAAAGAAUUUACGGAAGUGAAGAAUCAAGAGGUGACAAUAAAAGCACUUAAAGAAAAAAUUCGGGAAUAUGAGCAGACCCUGAAGAAUCAAGCAGAGAACAUUGCUCUUGAAAAAGAACAAAAGUUGCAAAAUGACUUUGCUGAGAAAGAAAGAAUGUUGCAAGAGACACAAAUAUCAACGGCCUCAAAGCUGGAGGAAGCUGAACACAAACUGCAGACGUUACAAACAGCCUUGGAAAAAACACAGACAGAAUUAUUUGACCUGAAGACAAAAUAUGAUGAGGAAAUGACAGCAAAGUCGGAUGAAAUUGAGAUGAUUAUGACAGACCUUGAAAGAGCAAAUCAAAGGGCAGAGGUAGCUCAAAGAGAAGCAGAGUCCUUGAAGGAACAACUCUCAUCUGCAAACAAAUCCCUCCAGCUGGCUAACCAGAUUCAGAAAGCACCGGAUGUGGAGCAGGCCAUUGAAGUGUUGACACGAUCCAGCCUGGAAGUAGAACUGGCCUCCAAAGAACGAGAAAUUGCUCAGCUGGUUGAAGAUGUUCAGAGACUCCAAGGCAACCUUACCAAACUUCGGGAAAACUCCACCAGCCAGAUCUCCCAGCUCGAGCAGCAGCUGACUGCCAAGAACAGCACUCUCAAAGUAAGCAAGCACAGAACUCUGGGGCAGGCAGAUUCCUCAAAGUUGAAAAGAGAGUUAGACAUCCUGAAGUCCAUGGAGUUUGCGCCAUCUGAUGGCUCAAGCAUCCAGGAUGCUGCAUCAAAACCACUGGAGGUCUUACUGCUGGAGAAAAACCGCCUGCUGCAGUCGGAAAAUGCCACAUUGCGGAUCACGAACAGUGACCUGAGCGGGUCAGCCAGGAGAAAAGGGAAAGACCAGCCUGAGAGUCAGCGUCCUGCAACCUUGCCGGCCUCCCCUCCUCCUCAGUUGCCCCGCAAUGCAGGGGAGCAGGCUUCCAAUACUAAUGGUACACACCAGUUCUCACCAACGGGUUUAAGUCAAGACUUUUUCAGCUCAUCCUUGGCAAGCUCCGGCUUACCCCUGGCUUCUACAGGAAAAUUUGCACUAAACUCUCUCCUCCAGCGCCAACUUAUGCAGUCCUUCUACACCAAGGCAAUGCAGGAAGCGGGAAGCACAAGCAUGAUUUUUUCAGUAGGUCCCUACAGCACAAACUCCAUAUCUUCCCAAAGCCCCUUGCAACAAAGCCCGGACGUCAACGGCAUGGCCCCAUCACCCAACCAAUCCGAAAGCACCGGCAGCACCUCAGAAGGUGAGGAGAUAGACACAGCCGAAAUUGCACGUCAGGUCAAAGAGCAAUUGAUCAAGCACAAUAUCGGACAGCGGAUCUUUGGACACUAUGUCUUGGGACUUUCUCAAGGAUCUGUGAGUGAGAUUCUGGCACGACCUAAACCGUGGAACAAGCUGACCGUGAGAGGCAAGGAGCCAUUCCAUAAAAUGAAGCAGUUCCUUUCUGAUGAGCAGAACAUCUUGGCUUUGCGCAGCAUCCAAGGCAGGCAGAGAGAGAAUCCAGGCCAGAACCUGAGCAGGCUAUUUCAGGAAGUACCGAAACGAAGAAAUGGGUCAGAAGGUAACAUUACCACAAGAAUCCGAGCUACAGAAGUUGGCUCUGAUGAAGCUAUCAAAUCCAUUCUGGAGCAAGCAAAAAGGGAGCUGCAGGUACAGAAAACAGCUGAGCCGGCUCAGCCACCUUCCACGUCAACCAGCAGCAGUUCCGAUGAUGCCAUUCGCUCCAUUUUGCAACAGGCUCGGCGAGAGAUGGAAGCCCAGCAGGCUGCCCUUGAACCUGCCUUAAAAGCCACCCCUCUGUCCCAAGCCGAAAUGUCCAUCUUGUCCUCAAAACUGAUCCCCACGCCUGCAGUUUCUUCGGUUUCUAGUUACUCUCCCCUGGCUCUGUCCUUGAAGAAGCACUCGUCCUCUGUGGAUUCCACUGUGUCUUCCCUACAGACUGUCCCCGGUCUCAAGAAGGAAGCCCAAGAGGCCUCCCUUCUAGACCUUCACGGGAUGCCUGACUCAGCACAAGGUGUACUGAGGCAUGUUAAAAAUGAACUGGGGCGCAGUGGGGUAUGGAAGGACCAUUGGUGGAAUACUGUGCAACCUGACAGAAGGAACACAGCUCCUCCAGAAGAUCCCAAAAUGGAGGAAAGCACCAGUGGGAAAGAGAAGGCCAGCAACCAAGCUCGUUCGGACCGUAACCAGCAACUCCAAGGGCCCUCCUCCUCGGAAUAUUGGAAAGAGUGGCCCAACGCAGAAUCUCCCUAUUCUCAGAGCUCUGAACUGAGUGUGACAGGGGCAAGUCGCAGUGAGACGCCCCAGAACAGCCCCCUUCCUUCUUCCCCCAUUGUUCCUUUAUCAAAGCCAUCUAAGCCUUCCGUUCCUCCAUUGACCCCUGAGCAGUACGAGAUUUACAUGUACCAAGAAGUGGAUACGAUAGAUCUAACCCGUCAGGUCAAAGAGAAGCUAGCAAAAAAUGGCAUCUGCCAAAGGAUAUUUGGGGAAAAGGUGCUGGGUCUUUCCCAGGGUAGCGUCAGCGACAUGCUGUCUCGGCCAAAGCCAUGGAGCAAGUUGACACAGAAGGGGCGUGAGCCAUUCAUUCGUAUGCAGCUGUGGCUAAAUGGCGAACUCGGACAGGGAGUCUUGCCAUCUCAAGGACAACCCCAAGGCCAAGUCCUUCACUCUAUGUCAUCACUGCAAGACUCCCUUCAGCAGGGAUGUGCAAGCUCAGAAAGCACUCCAAAGACCUCUGCCAGUUGCAGUCCCGCUCCUGAUUCCCCAAUGAGUUCCAGCGACUCUGUGAAAAGCUUGACGGAACUGGUCCAGCAGCCCUGCCCGGCCAUUGAAACCAGUAAGGAAGGCAAGCUGCAGGAGUCGAGUGAGGCCUCGACUUCGGAUUCCCACUGCACAACCCCAUUGCCUCUCUCCGGCCAUUCAUCACUCAGCAUUCAGGAACUGGUCGCCAUGUCACCGGAACUCGAUACCUAUGGCAUCACCAAGCGGGUUAAAGAGGUGCUCACAGACAACAACCUUGGUCAGCGUUUGUUUGGGGAAACGAUCUUGGGGCUGACCCAAGGCUCAGUCUCAGACCUACUUGCUCGCCCAAAGCCCUGGCACAAACUGAGCUUGAAGGGCCGGGAGCCAUUUGUACGCAUGCAGCUGUGGCUCAAUGACCCAAACAAUGUGGAGAAGCUGAUGGACAUGAAGCGCAUGGAGAAGAAAGCAUACAUGAAACGGCGGCACAGCUCUGUCAGUGACAGCCAGCCUUCAGAAUCAUCUUCCACUGGAAUAGAUUACAGCCAGGGGGCCAGCCCACAACCACAGCAUCAGCUCAAGAAGCCACGGGUUGUCUUGGCUCCAGAAGAGAAAGAAGCUCUGAAACGAGCCUAUCAGCAAAAGCCAUACCCAUCACCAAAAACUAUCGAGGAACUUGCCACACAGCUCAACUUGAAGACCAGCACUGUCAUUAAUUGGUUCCACAAUUAUAGGUCACGUAUUCGUCGGGAGCUGUUUAUUGAAGAAAUCCAAGCUGGAGGCCAGAGCCAGGCUGGGUCGAGUGACUCUCCUUCAGCUAGAAGCAGCCGGGCAGUUCACAGCUCUGAAGGAGACAGUUGUGAUGGGGUGGACAUGGAAGGCCCAUCGGAUACAAAACAAGGCAGCCUGGAAGCAGAUGAGUACAGCAAUGCAACCAUGAAGUCUCAGGGAGGGCGAGCAGCGUCAGCUUUCGAAGCAGGGGAAGAGGCACUGCGAGACGCCGGAUCUUCGGAGAAAACGGAGACAUUCCAGUUGGGAAUGGAGAGCUUGGAAGACACAGAUGACGAGGGAAGGCUCAAAGCACCACGUCAGGGUUCUCCACUGAGCUCUCAACAUUCAGGAGAAACUCUGGAGGCCAGGCCCAACUGUGCUCCAGAAGAGGAUGCCUCUACCUCAGUCCUUGCAGGGCAGAGCUCCUGCAAGCCCAGGGGAGAAAGUGUGGAGAAAGUGCCCAUUGUGCCAAGUACCAGUUCCACGCUGGCCAUCACCAGCUCUCAGAAAUCCAACUCACUCAAGAGCUUGUUCAGCUUUUCUGAGGCAGCGUGCUCCAAGAACACACGGGACAACACCUUGAGGAAAAAGAAGGCAGCAAAUUUGAACAGUAUAAUCCACCGUUUGGAGAAGGCUGCAAGUCGAGAGGAGCCCGUUGAAUGGGAGUUUUGAGAUUAAGCGCACCCAGCUCCACAGGGCUGGGGAAAUUAAAACUUGGACCUCUGUUGGUUUCUAUUGUGUCCCGCACUUACCGCCCUGCAGGCCACGGGGCAAAAAAUGCCAUAGGCCAAGGUGCAUAUAGAGAACAAAAGGAGUGUUUUAAGCCCAGUUUUAUGUUUGUGUUUUCAAGGAAGAAAACUGAAACUUGUCCAGCUUUUUGUACCCUGAAGUGUUUCUAUUAAUUGCCCUAAAGUGAUUUCCACAGUUUCUGGGGAAGAAAAAAAAAACUCAUACAGCUUUUGCCUUUUGCCCUCCUCUUUGGUGUGGGCUUUAAAACAAAUAUAUAUAUAUACAAACAAGAAAAAAAAAAUUAAACCCACAUAUUUAAAAGGGGGGCUUUUUAUCAGCCAUCUAAUGGCUAAACAGAGCGAUAAUAAUACACUAUUAUCUUCUUUAACCAGGAAAACAAAAAGAUCGGAGGGGAGAGAUUUUUUGAGAUUAAAAUAAAAAGUUGUUUUGUAGCUCUUCAGUUGCCACUAAGAGAUUGCACAGUCAACCCGACUCUAAACACACUAGUUUGAAUUCCUAAAUAUUUUCAAGAAAGAGUAUUGUUUGAAACUUGGGGUUUAAAAAAAAAAACACAUUUACUCCAUGUAUUUUUUAAACAGACAAAAAAAAAAAAGACAUCAGGAAAACAUCUUAAUUUGUGGUAGCUGACUUCAGUGUUUUUCUUGUAAAGUGGAAUUGACUUGUAGUGCACAUUGUUUCAUAGCUUUAACUGAUUCUAGUCUCUUUGUUGGCUGGAAUUUGUUUAAUACACUCCAUUUUAGGCCAAAUCAGGACAGGAAAAAAAGAAGAAGAAAAAUUCUGAAAUCUAGGUAUUUUAUAAUCUGCUUUUUAACCUCUAACCACAAAGCACGCGGAUCAGACCUCAUUCUGGGAGGGGUGGGAGACAGCUUGGAAGAGGGAUGUACUUGAUCGGUUCAGAUUAAAUUGCAUUAUGCCAGCCUUGCCAACAAUAAGUCACUAGUCCUCAAUACCAUCUGAUUGCACAUGCUACAUUAAUCAUUGGUCCAUGUGGCCUGUAAGAAGAAAAACACACACCAGCUUUUUGAAAGAAAAAAAUAAAUUUCAUGGGCACCUGGAAACACUCCUUAACACACGCCAGGCAAUCAGGCGGGUGGCAUAAUGAUAAUACGCCACACAAAAUACAGUGUGUGGGGGUUUUUUGACAAGAGAGGGGUUGGUUGGCAGGAAAGAUGAAGCUGGUAUCAGUUUCAAAAAGAGUGUGGUGGUACAACAAGAAGCCUUACCCAGCAAGAUGAGUUUCCAUUGUCCCUAGCUGGCAAUAGUUCAUAGGACAAUAUAACUGGGGCCCAUUAUUUUAGUACGAUCUGGGGUUUAACUGGUAUUUCAUCAGCCAUUGCGCUAUUCUGGUCUCACCCACUCCAGAGAAUAAGGGCAACUGUUUCAGCCUCUUUGGAGUAUCUUUAAGCACUCCUAAAUUAUUACCCAUGGUCCCAUGGCAUAUACUGGUGACAAAAAGGGAGUGAGCCCAGAAGUAGAGGACAAAACCCUUGAUUAUCACAAAGUCAAACUACAAAAUGGCUAACCAAAGCACACGACAGGAACUGUUCCCCUCUCCCAAAAUAAUUUAGCUCUUCCUGUCAUUUUAUGACAGCAGCAGGGCCGAUCAAAGUACAGAAUCGAUUUUCCAAAUUGUCUCUAGCUCCUCCUGUUGUCUAUGUGUAUAUGCGCGAGCAUAGAAGUGUAUGGAGAAAUGAGAGUGCGUAUGUGUGUGUGUGCAUGUGUGCAAUUUUAUACGUUGGUAUUUUCUUACGUACUUGUGCACGCUUAGAGUGCAUUACUGCCACCUUUUUUCAAUAAGCUGUUUUAUCAGUUAUGGCUUCUACAGAUUCGCUGAUUUAGAUUCCUUUAUUGCCAUAUCUUUAAAACUAACAAUAGAUGAUUUUGGUGUGUAUGCAUGGGUAUGAAUGUGU